AUGGCGGCCAGCGCCGGCUACGUUCGCCUGUGGGGAGCCGCGAGGCGCCUAGCGUUGGCGCCAAGGCUGCGGUCUCCCCAGCUAGCUGGCCUUGGGGGACGGGCCCGCGGGCGGAGCCUGCGCGAGGCCCGUCCGCCGCUGUUGCGGCCGCUGCGGAGCAGCGCGGCACCGGCCUGGGCCCUUUGGGACCGGGGACCGGGCCCCGGGCCUGCUGCGCGGGGUGUGGGCGCGUGGCGGGGCUUGUGGGACGAGGCCGGCUCCCGGGGCAGCGGCGCCUAUGGCGGCGACGAUAGCCCCAAGGACGGCGCCGAGGACGGGGCUGGGAGCAGCGGGGCCCCCGGGGGCGGAGGGGCGGAGGGCCCUGUCAUGACCGCACUCACGCCCAUGAUGAUCCCGGACGUCUUCCCGCAUCUGCCGCUCAUCGCCGUCACCCGCAACCCCGUGUUCCCCCGUUUCAUUAAGAUCAUCGAGGUUAAAAAUAAGAAGUUGGUUGAGCUGCUAAGAAGGAAAGUCCGCCUUGCCCAGCCAUAUGCCGGUGUCUUUCUAAAGAGAGAUGACAACAAUGAGUCUGAUGUGGUUGAGAACCUGGAUGAAAUUUACCACACAGGAACUUUUGUCCAGAUUCAUGAAAUGCAGGACCUCGGGGACAAGUUGCGUAUGAUAGUCAUGGGACACAGAAGGAUUCGUAUAAACAGACAGCUAGAUGUGGAGCCUGAGGAACUGGAGCUAGAAAAUAAGCAAAAAACGAGGAGAAAACCUAAGCGAACCAAGAAGGAAGCUGAGGAGGAACAAGGGGCCAAGGACCAAGUGGUAGAGCUGGUGAUAGAACCUGCCACCCAUUCCCCAGAUGAAGUACUCAUGGUAGAAGUGGAAAAUGUAGUCCAUGAGGACUUCCAGGUCACUGAGGAAGUGAAAGCCCUUACUGCAGAAAUUGUGAAGACAAUUCGGGAUAUCAUUGCUUUGAAUCCCCUCUAUAGAGAGUCUGUGCUUCAGAUGAUGCAGGCUGGGCAGAGAGUUGUGGACAAUCCCAUCUACCUGAGUGACAUGGGGGCAGCACUGACAGGAGCUGAGUCUCAGGAGCUGCAGGAUGUUCUGGAAGAAACAAAUAUUCCAAAGCGGCUCUACAAGGCCCUCUCACUUCUCAAAAAGGAAUUUGAGCUGAGCAAGCUGCAGCAGCGUCUGGGCCGGGAGGUAGAAGAGAAGAUCAAGCAGACUCACCGCAAGUAUCUUCUGCAAGAACAGCUAAAAAUCAUCAAGAAAGAGCUGGGUCUGGAGAAAGAAGACAAAGAUGCCAUUGAGGAGAAAUUCCGAGAACGUUUAAAGGAACUCACCGUUCCCAAGCACGUCAUGGAUGUGAUUGAUGAAGAGCUCAGUAAAUUGGGCUUAUUGGACAAUCAUUCCUCAGAGUUCAAUGUCACCCGAAAUUAUUUGGACUGGUUGACUUCCAUACCCUGGGGGAAACAAAGUGAUGAGAAUCUAGAUCUGGCCCGAGCCAAGGAAGUCCUGGAAGAAGAUCAUUAUGGCAUGGAGGAUGUCAAGAAACGCAUCUUGGAAUUUAUUGCUGUGAGCCAACUCCGAGGAUCAACACAAGGGAAGAUCCUUUGUUUCUACGGUCCUCCAGGAGUGGGCAAGACAAGCAUUGCUCGCUCCAUUGCAAGAGCUUUGAAUAGAGAAUAUUUCCGAUUCAGUGUUGGAGGCAUGACUGACGUGGCAGAAAUCAAAGGACACAGGAGGACAUAUGUUGGGGCCAUGCCAGGGAAGAUUAUCCAGUGUCUGAAAAAGACUAAGACGGAAAACCCCUUGAUUCUCAUCGAUGAGGUGGAUAAGAUCGGGCGAGGCUACCAGGGAGACCCCUCUUCUGCAUUGCUUGAGCUUCUAGAUCCAGAGCAAAACUCUAACUUCCUGGACCACUAUCUAGAUGUCCCAGUGGAUCUGUCCAAGGUUCUGUUCAUCUGCACAGCCAAUGUUAUAGAAACCAUCCCUGAGCCCCUGAGAGACAGGAUGGAGAUGAUCAACGUCUCUGGCUACGUGGCUGAGGAGAAACUAGCCAUUGCAGAGCGUUACCUGGUCCCUCAGGCCCGAAUCCUGUGCGGUCUGGAUGAAAGCAAGACCAAAGUCUCAUCAGACGUGUUGACCCUUCUUAUCAAGCAGUAUUGCCGAGAGAGUGGUGUUCGAAACCUACAGAAGCAGGUGGAGAAGAUGUUAAGAAAGUCUGCCUACAAGCUAGUCAGUGGGGAGAUGGAGUCUGUGGAAAUAACACCCGAGAACCUACAGGACUUUGUAGGGAAGCCCCUCUUCACUGUGGAGCGCAUGUAUGAUGUGACACCACCAGGCGUGGUCAUGGGUCUGGCCUGGACAGCCAUGGGAGGCUCUACCUUGUUCAUUGAGACCUCACCACGGCGCCCCAAGGGAACAGACAGCAAAGAUGGAAGCAUAGAGGUGACAGGUCAGCUGGGGGAAGUCAUGAAAGAAAGUGCCAAGAUUGCAUACACAUUUGCCCGGGCAUUCUUAAUGCGUAAGGACCCAUCCAACGAUUUCCUGUUGGCCUCACACAUCCAUCUGCAUGUGCCUGAGGGUGCAACCCCCAAGGAUGGCCCCAGUGCAGGCUGCACCAUUGUCACUGCACUGCUCUCCUUGGCCAUGAACCAGCCCAUUCGGCAGAAUGUGGCCAUGACAGGGGAGGUGUCGCUCACUGGCAAGAUCCUUCCUGUGGGAGGCAUUAAGGAGAAAACCAUUGCAGCCAAAAGAGCAGGAGUCACCUGUGUCAUCCUCCCUGCAGAGAACAAGAAAGACUAUUAUGACCUUGCAAGCUUCAUCACUGAAGGGCUGGAAACACACUUUGUGGAGCACUACAAUGAGAUCUUCGACAUUGUUUUUCCCCACGAGGAAAGUGUGGAACGAUGAACUUUCAGAUUCUAAGGGGAGGGAAGCUUCAGCCAAACAAAUUCUCAAGGUUGGCAUCACAGACAGAAGUUUUAAGGAUCAGUAAAGCUGCUAGACCGCCAAGGAAACCCAUUCAUGAUGGUUUCAUACAUAAUUAUAGCUUAGAGAGCAAUUUAUAAUUUAGAGAAGGCCUGUUGUGCUUGAAAAUAUAAUUUAUGAUAAAAAUCAUUUCCAAUA